AUGGGAAUUUUGCCUUGUAGUCAUGGAAUUCAUCUUUCAAAAGAUAUGAGUCCAAAGACUAAUCAGGAGCAUGAGCGAAUGCGUGGAAUACCCUAUGCUUCAGCCGUAAUGUACGCUAUGCUAUGUACUAGGCCUGAUAUUGCAUAUGUUGUGAGUGUUACAAGCAGAUAUCAGUUUGACCUAGGGGAAAAACACUGGUCAGCUGUUAAGACAAUCCUUAAAAAGUCUACAUUCGGGUUCAUUUUCAUACUCAAUGGAGCAGUCAAUUGGAAGAGUUCUAAACAAUCAACUACUGCCGAUUCCAUAACUGAAGUUGAAUACAUUGCCGCUUUAGAAGCAGCAAAGGAAGUUGUCUAG